ACCCCUUUCUAAAAUCCUUUAACAAGUUUCAAAAGAAAUAGAGAAUUUACGAAAAUUAACGUUUUAAUAGGAAACUCCCUUGUCUGAAAUAUGGUGCGCACCGCACCGGUCUUCUUUGUUCGAGCCAUGUUACCGAGCCAAGGUGCUCGGUGCUCAAAUGGGAGAGCUAUGCUUUCUUAUCCUCGUGAAACCUCUGCAUCUUCUCCUGCAAACCCUAAACGGAUUUCAUCUCUGUAUCACACCACCCAUAACCAGCCAUUGGCAUAAUUAGAUAGAAAAAGAAGAUGGGAAAGCUGGGUGGUUCCUUCCUCCCUUCUCUCAGAGCCCAAAGCCGCUCAGUUCCCCUCCUCAAACCCACAAACCCCUCCUCCUCUGCCCCCUCCGCUCCUUUCAAAAACACCAAACAAAACCACAAGAAAAAGCAAUCAUCAUCGUCAACAAAAGGAGAACAACAACAACAGUUAGCACCGAAACUUCCACUAAACCUCUUCAAAACCCCGAGCAUUUCGGAGGCGAAAGCCACCUAUGACGCUGCCCUCGCAGCUCGUGGCCACACCAGAUCCACCCCCUUUCACAACGCCCUCCUGAAAGACUUUUGUCUCCUCCGGCCUAACCUACCGAACUCUCUUUCCCUCGUCCACCACAUGAAAGAGAAAUCGGGUUUUGCGCCCGAUCACGCAACUUUCAACAUCAUUUUAGGGCUUUGUUGCUCCAAUGCCGACAUGGCUGCUGUCCAUCAAACCCUAGCUCUCAUGACAGCCAGUGGUUUCCCACCUGAUAAUGUUUCUUGUGACCUAAUUGUUCGGGCGCUAUGUUCUUCUGCGUUGGAAGAUGAGGCUUGUGAAUUGUUCAAAGAUAUUGCUUCUUCGAAUUUGAAGUCCCGUUCCUCUUCUCCUCCUGAUAUGUUCACGUUUAAUUUCUUGGUGAGGCAUUUGUGCAAGACCAGGGCCAUGUCUGCGGUUUAUCAAUUUAUCGAUGAAGCUCGUGCUCUAGGGCUUGAGCCUGACCUUGUGACCUACACCAUCUUGAUUGAUGCAGUUUGCAGGAGCAAAAACUUGAGGGAGGCCACGAGGCUUCUUGGGGUGCUUGGAGAAGCUGGCUACAAGCCUGAUUGCUUCCUCUACAAUACCAUCAUGAAGGGAUAUUGUCUGCUUGAUCGAGGAGCUGAGGCGAUAACUGUUUAUAAGAAGAUGAGAGAAGAAGGGUGUGAACCUGAUCUUGUGACUUACAACACUCUCAUUUAUGGGCUUUCGAAUGCGGGGAAAGAGGAUAUUGCUAUGAAGUAUUUGAGAGUGAUGGUGGAAGAGGGGCAUUUGCCUGAUACUGUGACUUAUACAUCAUUAAUGAAUGGAAUGUGUAGGAAAGGGAAUGCCACAGGUGCUUUGGAGCUCUUGAAAGAGAUGGAGGAUAGAGGCUGUGAGCCUAAUUCCUGUACUUAUAGUACGUUGCUUCAAGGGCUGUUCAAGGCGGGGAAUUUGGAUAAAGGGUUGGAGGUGUAUGGGGUGAUGAAGGAGGGGUCUAUGAAAAUGGAGGCUGCUUGCUAUGCAGUGAUUCUGAGGGCGCUUUGUAGGGGGGAAAGGGUGGCAGAUGCAUAUGAGGUGUUUGAUUAUGCGGUGGCAAGCAAGAGCUUGACAGAUGUUGCAGCAUAUUCAGCUCUCGAGAGUUCGCUUAAAUGGCUAAAGAAGUCUAAAGAAUAAGGUGGUGCCAUUAAUUUGAACAAUUUGAGCAACACUGGACCAGCAACUUACUAAGUUUUGCUCAGGUCUGAGGCAAUUUGCUCUUAUGGGCAUACAAAGCUUAAAUAUCCUGGCAUUCAAAGCUUAAAUAUCUAUACGAGAACUUCCUCCCACCGUUGUUGUUAGGUAUGGUUAGUGUUCCCCAUAUGUGGCAUUGUGGCUCAUAUGUUUGUAGAUAUGGGCCUUUGAUAUUUAUAAAAGGAACUGACGUUCCCCAAAAGCUCUUGGGUUUUUCCUAAUUGAUGUAUUGUGUUUCACAUGUUUACAGAUGUGGGCAUUUGAUAAGGAACUCACCUUCCCCUAAUGCUCUUGGCUACUUUAUUUUUUUUCAGGCAUAUUUUGGUUUUGGGUUCUCUAUUCCCCUAUUUCCAUCCAACUCACGAGUUCUCCCUUAGUCCAUAGGGAGCUUUGAACUGGUUCCUUUGGUUCUUACACCCAUGAGAUUGUAUUUGGGAUGUCCAAUGGUCUGAAAUUCUCAGAUUUACACUAAGACCCUAACUUUAAAGAUAAUACAAUGGUAAACUUUCAUCACUACACGCACAUGGGCACAUGAAGAACCAAGAGUCAUGUAGCCGACCUUAAUUAAUUGGAAAAAGGUUAAAAUGAUGAGGAUGAUGUUUUAAUAUAAUAAUAUUAUACUGAUGAGCCAAACAUGAGAUUUGUUAUAUUCCAGGUUAAUCCAAAAGAGACACAAACGGCAUUGCUCCUAAAACCAUGGUUUACAAAUACUGAAAUUUAUAUUCUCAAGAUUUGAUGCAUGACUAAAUACUGGGCCUUAAAUGAUCCAUUAAGGACCAGGAGCUCCAUUCAGAAGGGUUUUUUUCUUUGGUUGGUUUGUUUUGUGUGUGUGUUUGUGUUGGUAUAUCUUCCUCAAUAGAUACCUGAUCUGCUUGAGCAGCCUUGUAGAUAUGGUGGUGAUGCAUCUCUUUGCGUCAGACAGGAAGAGCACCCUUUUUCUUACAUUACCUCUAGGAUGAAACAAUCUCGUUUCAAGGCAAUAUUUUCAUUGAAGUCUGGAUGCCUUCAACAGAUAUAUAGAUAGUGCGGCCCUCAACGUUUUGUCCAAUGAAGUUGAAUCUUCAGUGGGAUGUUGGAUUGCUUCAUGUUUGAGAUCUGGUUACUCACAUGUACACUGAAAAACUUUGUUCUAUCACUAUAAUCACCACUGUGGAAGAUACAAUCCUGGGAAGAACUGGCAAUUACUGAUGCCCAUGAAGCCAUAGUUUAUCUGGAGAAUAGCUCUCUGCCCCCCUAUCAGAGACCCCUUCUCUUUGAGUUUUCCUUUUUAGCACCAAGGCUACCUCCCAUGCCACCUUCCGAACAACAAUGGGGCAUCUCACAUGCCCUACUGAAUGGCGGUAAGUCCAACCGGGUUUGAUAUAGGAUUUGAAUGGGCCGUUGAUGUCUUUGAUUUUCUUUGCCAUCUGGGGUAUGUGUCAACAUCAGUUAUACCAUGUGGUCUAGGAAGUGAAUCAUCACCGUUGGUCAUUGGGACCAUCUGUACUAUUGAACAUUGAUUUGUGAAAGGUACUAGGUCAAGAUGUUGCACUGACUGGCAUCUACUUGGCCACAUCUUCUUUGGUUGUGAAGGAGAAACGUACCCCGUUCAAUCUUCUAACCCCCUUCGAUCUUAAAAUCUAUGACCUCCUCUUCGUCAUUUGCAUUACAUUAUUAUCGAUAUGUCAUCACUCAUGUGUCAAGCUCUCUUUGUUUUUGCAAUGUAGCUGCAUAUUAGCCCUAUUUUCCCCAUAGGUGCCAAUUAGAUUCGACUUCAAGUUUAGGAAAUUCAAAUUUGAAAAUUUGGGUUGGCAGACUUGAAGGGGCAUUUUGCUGUAUUAUAUAGGUCACUAGGUCCAGUCUUCCUGAUUUUUAGGUUGGACUAGCUUUGCCACCCAAAUCUUUUCAUACUUAGCCAUGUGUUCUUUAGGGUCCAACUCAACUGCCACCCAAAUCUUUUCAUACUUAGCCAUGUGUUCUUUAGGGUCCAACUCAACUGCCAUGUUAUCUUUUCUUGCAGGGUGUCUCCUCUAAUCACCAUUCUAGCUCUUGUUCUCCUAAGGCUUCUCUUCUGGUCUUUUCUCUCUCUUCAUUUGGGAGACGUACCCCCAAGGUCCAGCUGCCAUUUUCAAGCAUAGCAAUGUUUGCAUUACUCCGAUAUAACAUUUGAGUGCUAGAUUCAUAACCUGCGGUAUUUUUGGAGGGGGCAUGGACAAACAUAAAUUUAUAUUUUCUAUGAAUAGCAUUACCUGUUCCGGAAUAUUUUUACUAUGUAGUUCUUCUCCAGAUAAUCUCAUAGUAUCCAAACUGCUGCUUACUACUGUUGAGCACUCCAUUUUCACCACGACACCACAUACUUUUUCAAGUUCAUAAUAGACCUCACAUGUCCAGGCAUGCAAUAGUACUCCAUGGAAAUUGAACCAUACCCCCUCUUUGCAAAAUGGGACCUACAAAUCUUUGGCUUCCAUUGACACGGUGAGAACAAAGAACCUGUGAGUCUCCACCAUCCCCAUUUCAGAAUGCCCAUUGCUUCUUCCUCUGAGCUUAGGAUAGAAGAAUAUCUAUUGUCCAGCAUCUUACAAAACACAAAGGAUGCUGUUUCCCAGACUCUCGUUGCCCACACAUCCAGAAUAAUCAUCAAUGGGGAACCAAAAUCUGCCCAUCAAUGUAGCUUGGGGCAGACCCUUUCUUUACUUAGCAAUCUGACUACAAAGUUUAAGAAUACUGGACUCUCCAUUCAUUUAAAUGGAGCAGUUCAACCUCUUUUUGCUUGUCACUUACCUGAUCACCUAGGUCUCUAUGAGUCGGUUCCUUCUCUUUAUUAUCCAAGGGCUCAGCUGAGAUAGUCCCUGCACCGGUCCAAGUAUGGUGGGUGAGAUUCAUGGAGGAGCUGAAAUUUCCCUCCCAAGGUUGGUCGGUGAAGAUUCUUUGGAGGUCUUCGUCACCAUUCCAUUCUCAUUAACCAUUGCAUAUAAACUUUGACAUACAUGUUUGUGCAGCUUUAAUACAUUUAUUUGCUUGUCAAGAUUUUGGUCCACUAGUACGACGUCCAGCUUGUGCGAGAGAGACUUUGAUGUUUGUUCCAUAAACAAAACAUAGGGGGCUACCAUUGUUUCUAAUUUACAAACUGACGUAGUUCAUCCCAAAAACCCACCAGCAGAUGCUCAUUUAUUCAUGUACUAGUUAGGUAUGCAUGUGUCUCCAGAGUUAUAGAUGUGCAUGUGUGCAUGCAAGUGUAUUUAUGAUGAUAAUAGCAGGUAGUAUAUGAAUGGGGCAUAAGUUCAUAGAAGUAUAUGUGAAUACCAUGUCAUGCAGGACUUGCAUAGGGCAUGCAUUCAUAGAAGUAAAUGUGAAUAUCAUGUCAUGCAGGACUUGCAUAUACCCAUAGUUAACCAUAUGAGCAAGCUCGCAUGCAUAAACAACAAUAACAUGCAAGUGUGUGAAUGGGAUAUACAUGCUCACGAUUGCAAGUACCAUACAUCUAUCUCUUAUGUACAUCCUCAUUUACUCCACAAAUAUGUACUCAUCCUGCAGAUAGCUUGGUUUUAAUUCGGCACAAAUCGAAGCAGAUCCAAGUACACCUCAAUAUUAUGCAUAUUUCAUAUCCAUGAACCUGCAUCAAGACAAACAGUGGAUUAAUAUAAGAAUAUCUUAUGCGUUUAAGUAUGUGUUUGUGCAUGUGCCCAUGUGUGUGUAGUGAUGAAAGUUUACCAUUGUAUUAUCUUUAAAGUUAGGGUUUUGGUGUAUGUUUUACAACCUCAAAACAUCAGCAGAGGAAGGUUUGUAAACGAUGUCUCUCGUUUGCCCAUCCAUCAAGGUACUCUCUCUGUCAUAAUAAUAUUGAACUUCUCAAUCCAUCUUGUUUCAUAGCUGCUAACUCAGAGAGAAAUAAUUCCCUCUGAAAACCCAAAUUAGGGUAUUUGAACCCAAAAGGGAAUAAACUGCGUAGAACCUAUUUCCUCUAUUCAAUGGUUGCACCUACUAAUUUCAAUGGUUGCACCUACUAAUUUUUGCAACCAAUUUCUGUCUGUUUCAUGUGUACAUACUGAGUUUUCUCACUCUAGGUUGUAAUUUCUCUCUAGGAUUUUCUGUUGGACCUGUUUCGUUUUUUCAAGGUUCCGUGGUUUUCUCUUACUUUUAACUCGUGCUAUGCAGUACAGAUAUAGAGAUAGACCUAAUAUUUGUUCUUAAUGAUGGGAUUAUGACUUGAUUUCUCUCUAGCGCUUUCAUCCCUGCUCCUGCUUUUCUCUCUCUCUUGUACAUUAGAUAUAGGAAUAAACUGCAGAUCUAGAGAGAGAGGAAUCAAUAUAAUUAAUUCUGAAAUUGUAUAAAUUGGGUGUUGGUUUGCAAAUUAUUUUUGAAGGCUUCCUUACCAGUGUUCCUAAGUGCUCUAUAUAGACGAGAAGAAUUUAAAGAUAAUGGAUGAAUGGGUGUAUAUUAACAAGCUCCUGUACUGUUUUUGUAUUUUUCUUGGUAGGCGAUAAUCGUCUUUUUGACUUCUUUAACCAAUUUUCUCUGCUACUCCAAGCGCCUUCCAAAACUUCUAAUCUCUAAAUUUUUAUUAUUCUAGUUUGAUCCGCAUUCUAUUGUAAUUUUCUCUUCGUGAUUUUCUUCCCAAUAUAUAUUAAGCAAUUUGUUUAUUUUUUAUGAUUCCCAAUCUUGCCCAUGUUGAGAACUUACCUGUUCUUUGUUUUCAAUGUCCUUUAUGACUCUUUAUUUCUUAAACUCAGAUGUCAAAACCUUCCUGGUGUUCCAUGAUUAUUGCAUACUAACCUUGACAUGUAAGUUUCAAUUUUUUUUUUUUUUUUUUCUGACAUUGACUGCUAAUUCUAAUAAGCCAUUUGUGUUUCUCUGUAUUUUUUCUCUGUAUUUCCUUUCUCUCAAGGAGUACCUCACAGCUCUCUACUUUUGUAAUGCCUCUAGCAAAUUUUAUUAAUGGACAUCCUAUCUUUAAAUUUUGGUUUCAUUCUAUCUUCAAAUUUAAAGAUAAUAGAUGAAUGGGUGUAUAUUACUGACAAUUGAGUGUUUCAAUGAUUUAUUUGUUUAAAUUUGAUGAGAGAGAGGAUGGGGGAACCACAAUUUUGGUUUGGGUUGCUUUGGUUUCAUUCUAUCUUCAAAUUUUGAAAAUCUUUUGAACAUGGAAUUGAUUGGGUUGAUGAUUGUUUGAUGGAGUUAGUCGUCCUCUGUUGUAUGAGAUGUCAUUGAUGUGUUCUUGACAUAGGUUAUUGAGCUAAACAUUUAUGGAUUCCUUGCAUGAGUUAUAAGCAAGUUAUUUUUCAUUAUUGUUUAUGUGCAGAUUUCUCCAUAACGUGUGACAGCUUUGAGUUCAUUCUAUUGAUUAUUUGCUUUGUUAUUUGUUCCCUUUUAAAAUUGUGCGUGUUUGAACUUCGAUAUAUGUGAACUUCUAUAGCGUCCAUUUUACAUAAUGUCAAGAUUGUGUGAUAAUUUGACAAGUGUUAAGAGGGUACCAUUCAGUCCGGAGAUGUCAGAGCAACCCCCUACCUCUCAAGAUCCAACCAAGGCAAAUUGGAGUGCAACUCGCGAUGAAUUCAUGGUUGAACAAUUGAAAAAAUUAAUUUUGCUGGGAAACGGUCUGAUAUUGGAUGGAAGAAAGAGGAUUGAAGGUCUGUCUUGGAUGCAUUUAAUAAAAAUUUUGAUGUUCAAAAUAUCGUACAAUAAUUGAAAACUCACUGGGCUACAACACUCAAUAUUUUAUUGCGAAGGACCUUAUUAACCAAAGUGGUUUCAGUUGGGAUGACCAUGCCCAUGUUGUAACUGCUUCGAAUGGUGUGUGGGAUCGAUAUCUUCAAGUAAAUUUUUAGUGCUGAUUAUUCAA